AGCAAUUUCUAUUGGUCAGUCGUGUAAAGAACAUCCAAUGAAAAGUUCCCAAACAUUGCAGGCUGUUUUGUAAGUCGGAGCCGGUCUAAAUUUUUCCUGACUUGAUUAAAUCACACAACGACACACUUGAAGAACAGUACAAAAUGUCUUUGUCACGCAAAGAACUGGAAGAUAUGAAGGGGAUUAUGGACAAAACAGUCCAGAAGUUUCUUGGCUUCAGUGAACCUGCAGUUGUGACAGCAGCAUUGAACUGCAUUGACAAAGGUUACGAUAAACGAAAAACUGUAGAUAAAUUAUCAACCAUCCUUGAUGAUCAGGCUCCACGAUUUACCGAAAGACUUUUUGAAGCGUGGGAUGACUACAAAACCAACAGCAAACAACUAAAAACUAAGAAGCGCAAGGAAGUUGAAAAGCAAGAAAACAUUACCGAAACAGUGAUUAGGAAACGCAGACGUUUUAUCGAUGAUGAAAACAUUAAUAUUCCUGGACCAGGAAAUCCAAGCCCGGGACAGCUUACUGCAGAUAAGGUCAAAGAAAUGAUGGCCAAUGCCCAAAGAAUGAUACAAGAGCGCAAAGCUCAGCUCAGUAUACAUACUCCGAGUGUACCACCAGGAGUCGUGGGUAGUGUGGAUUCUAUUUCUUUGUCUGCGCAACCAUCACCAUCACAGACUCAACAGCUGAUGAACGAUGCUGUGGAGAAAGCUAAGCGUGCUGCUGAACUUCAAGCCCGGAUUCAAGCUCAGUUGACAGGUCUUUCUACAGGAGGAACAAACAUAGCACUUCCAGUCGCACAGAAAAAUAUCCAAGCUUCCAAACCAACACCCCUAAUUCUUGAUGAAGAAGGUCGAACAAUUGAUGCGAAAACAGGUCAAGCCAUCCAACUGAAACAUCACACACCAACUUUAAAAGCCAACAUCCGAGCCAAACGGCGAGCGCAGUUCAAAGGUUUGAUAGAGAAACCUCCUGAAGAGAUCAGUGAGAGUAGAUUCUUUGAUGGACGACUAAGUUCUAAGGCAGCACAACGACCCAAACGAGGUUUCAAGUUCCAUGAGCAGGGAAAAUAUGAGCAGUUGGCACAGAGACUACGUACAAAGGCACAAUUAGAAAAAUUACAAAAUGAAAUUGCACAAGCAGCUAAGAAAACCGGGAUUGCCUCUGCUGCUCGAUUAGCUACCAUAGCACCAAAGAAAGAGACGCGUGAAGGUGACAUCCCUGAUGUUGAAUGGUGGGAUGAAUAUAUUCUCGUCAAUGGCAGCUAUGAUUGUAUCACAUCGACAGUGGAUAAUUUAACUGAAAGCUGGAAAGAUGAAUUUGAUGGCAUCACAAAUCUUGUGGAACAUCCAACCAUGAUGAAACCACCAGCUGAACCUGAAAAAGAGAUAGCCAUUCCUGUUUACCUCACAAAGAAAGAACGUAAAAAGCUACGGCGCCAAAACCAAACAGAAACGCAGAAAGAACUACAGGAAAAAAUUCGAUUGGGUCUUGUGCCACCUCCUGAACCGAAAGUACGUAUGGCAAAUUUGAUGCGGGUGUUAGGAACUGAAGCUGUCCAAGACCCAACCAAAGUUGAAGCUCAUGUCCGUGCUCAGAUGGUGAAACGGCAAAAGGCUCAUGAAGAGGCAAAUGCUGCUCGUAAACUAACUGCUGAACAGCGGAGAGAAAAGAAAAUCCGAAAGAUCAAAGAAGAUACAAGUCUAGGUGUUCACGUGUCUGUUUUCAGAAUACGAGAUCUCAGUAACCCAGCUCGAAAGUUCAAAAUCGAGACCAACGCCAAUCAGUUAUUCAUGACUGGUAUUGUGGUUCUUUACAAAGAUUGCAACGUCGUGGUUGUCGAAGGAGGUCCAAAACAACAGAGGAAAUUCAAACGUUUGAUCCUCCAUCGGAUAAAAUGGGCCGAAACCCAGCAACACACCAAGGACGAGGAUGAUAGUGAUUCAGAGGAGGAAUCUGCCAAGACCAACAAAUGUACAUUGGUGUGGGAGGGGACAACGAAGACACGUGGCUUUGGUGAAAUGAAGUUCAAGGCAUGCCCAACAGAAAGUUUUGCUCGGGAACAGUUCCGCAAAUGUGGCGUGGAAUUUUACUGGGACUUAGCUUAUAGCAGCAAUGUAUUUGAAGCUGCUGGUGAAGAAUUAUGACAUCGUAAAUACUGUCAUAUCUUAGAACUACUACUAUUACUACUACUACUACUGGCUCCUGUUACCGUUCCAAAGACUGUAACAGUUUAUAAGCCAUUGACUAUUGUAGUCACCAUCUUGCAAACUCAGUGCUUUACAAGAGGAGAGAGAUGAAGCGGUGUAAAAAAACUGUUUCCAGCCUGUUUUUAAAAAAAAAUUCAUCUGUCUCUGUUCUUUCACUGACACAAAAAGAAAACAUUAUUAGCAAAAUUGAAAGCAAUAAAAAAAAAAAGAGAGGCAGAUGUUUUUAGUCUGUCUUCAAAUUGUUUUUGUUUAAAAUCUGUUUUGAAUUGGAGACUGAGUUGCGAAGAAGGAAUGGUAAAGAAAGAAUGAAG